UAAUCAGCUGUAAGUAGAGCAGAGGAAGGAAGAGUUCAUCUGCUGGUGCGGCUCAUUUACAUGUUCAUCUGCGCAGUCACAGCUCGAGUUUGUUGGAUGAGACUGUUAAGCCUUUUAGUCCACUCUUAGAGUUGAGGACAGCAUGGCCAGCGCCGCUACGUCUUCUCAGGCAUCGAGCUCCUCGGCCACAGAUGGCACGGCGACCAGCUCGGCCGGUCAGACAGCAGGGGAGAACAGCAACCAGGACAGCACGUUCGAGUGCAACAUCUGCUUGGACACGUCCAAGGAUGCAGUAAUAAGCUUAUGCGGGCAUCUGUUUUGCUGGCCCUGCUUGCAUCAGUGGUUGGAAACACGGCCGAACAGACAAGUGUGUCCAGUAUGUAAAGCAGGCAUCAGCCGAGACAAAGUGAUCCCACUGUACGGGCGGGGCAGCACAGGGCAGCAGGAUCCGAGAGAGAGGACUCCGCCCAGACCACAGGGACAAAGACCCGAGCCUGAGAACCGUGGGGGAUUCCAGGGAUUCGGCUUCGGAGACGGCGGCUUUCAGAUGUCGUUCGGUAUUGGAGCGUUUCCAUUCGGGAUAUUCGCCACAGCGUUCAAUAUCAACGAUGGACGACCACCUCCAGCAGCGCCUGGGACACCACAGCACACGGACGAGCAGUUCCUGUCCCGCCUCUUCUUGUUCGUGGCUCUCGUCAUCAUGUUCUGGCUUCUCAUUGCAUAAAUGAUUCUGAAUUCCUCUCAGGAUGUGAUUUGACUUUCUCCUCUCUGUGGAAUCUACGAUGAACUCGGACACUAAUCUCUAAAGUUUAACUAAUGGAAACGAAACGUCGUCGGACUCGUCGUUCAGUCGAGUCAGACGAUUUUAAACAAUGUAAGCUCGUAUUUCUUGUGAAGGGGAUGCACGGCAUGCAAUGUGAUCUUAUGUGUGCUGUAAUGAUGGUAUAAAAUUCUGUAAAUGUGAUUUCUUGGGCUGUUUCUUUCCCUCACAGAUUGUAAUUUUAAAUAAAAAAACAGAGGCUUAUUUCUCCAAAAAGGUU